UGACCUCUGACUCUUUGUUUACGUGGAAGGAGAGCUGUUCUUGCUUCCGGGUUCUUAUUUCUGCAGGUAACUGACCAGUUUUAAAGAGAUGGCUACGGUACCGGCCCAGUCUCUACGGGUGUCAGAGAUUAAAGACCCCACCGUUUUAUUUGAACGGUACGGAACGGAUGAGAUCCGCGCUGUGGAGAGGAAAGUGCGCGGAGAGAUUGAGCAGAAGAAGGAGGAACUCCGGCAGAUGGUCGGUGAGCGGUACCGAGACUUGAUCGAUGCCGCUGACACGAUCGGUGAGAUGAGACAGUGCUCGGAAAGUGUCGUGCAUUCCAUCCAGGACAUGUACCGGUACUGCCAUAAACUCAAACAGGCCAAACAGACCCCGCAGUCCAGCAGCAGAGCAGAGCAGGGUCAGAAGCAGUCGCAGGAGAAGUUCUACACAAUGGCGUCCCAGAUAAAGCUCCUCCUUGAAAUCCCGGAGCGCGUCUGGAGCGCUAUGGAGUCCUCGCAGUACCUGCAGGCCACACAGCUCUACCUGCUGUGCUGUCACCUUCAUAGCCAGCUACAACUGGAGGGUGGAGGUCAUCAGUACAGCCCCGUCCUCUCUCGCUUUCCCAUCCUGGUGCGCCAGGUCGCAGCUGCAGGUCAUUUCAGGUCUACAAUCUUGCUGGAGAGUAAGUCAGUGCUGCGCGGCAGGGCGGUGUCCGAUCAGGCGAUCGCUGAAGCGCUAGUCUCCACCAUGCUCCUGGAGGACAGCUCACCUCGACAGGCGCUUGCUGAUUUCCUGCUGGCUAGGAAAGCCUCCAUUCAGCAACUGCUUAAUCAGCCUCAGCAUGGUGCUGGGGUUAAAGCACAGGUUUGUUCUUUAGUGGAGCUGCUGGUUACGACUCUGUACCAGGCGUAUGCUGUGUUUUAUGUGCCUCCAGAGGGACAAGUGUCUGAUACCGGUUUGGGCUGUGGCCUUCUUUUCACCACUUUGGAGAAUGUAACCUCCAACACCUCCUCUGGUAAAGAGAAGAAGGUCCUGGAUAAGGAGAUGAGCACAGGCAGCUGGUUUAAACACCUUCCUCCUUCAGUGAUGAAUUUCCAGCCGGUUCUUCGGACAUUAGCGCAGCCCAUACAGAGAGAGCAGCUCAGAGACACCCUGCAGCAGUGGAUUGACACCUGUAAGGAGGAUAUCCGCAGUGGAGUCAGCAGUCUUCUGGUCUAUGUUAAGAGUCUGAAGGGUCUGGCUGCGAUUAGAGAUGCCGUGUGGGAGCUGCUCAGUAGUGAAUCCAUCAGUCAGCACUGGAGUACUGUGUGUCAGUCCUUGCUCGAGCAACCUCUGGCCUUGUGGGACGACCUUUUACAGCAGCUCUUCCUGCGGAGACUUCAGGUGAUCACGCAGGAGGGCACAGAAGGGAUCUCCAGCAGCUCCAGACAGCUGUUAUCCUCAGCUCUGCGGGAUCUGCAGGGUCAAGCCUCUGCCGGGAGCUUCAGUCGGGGGGCUCAGUACGAGAGUGACGUCGGAGCGUUCCUGUGGUCCGAGUCUCAGAGUGACCUGCUCAGUGACACAGCCUGGGUGAGCGUAGCCCAACGCAGUCCACAACAAAAGAGUGGCCUGUCCAUGAAGACUCAGGCCCUCACACCCUGCGUCCAGACCUUCUGUUCCUCGCUGGACUCCAAACUCAAAGCCAAGCUAGAAGAUCUGCAACACUACUUACCCUCUGACACAAAUGGCAAGGAGACUUUAGAGAAGUACACAGUCUCGUCGAGUACACCUAUAAAUCGUUUUAUGGAUGCUGAAGCGGUGGAGGACAUUCUUAGAGAUCACUGCCUUGCGUGCGUUCGGGACGUCCUGGCUAGUGUGCGCUCUGAGCUGGCUAACGCUCAGGCUGAGACCAGCAGCCACAGCCAGUUGAGUUCAGUGCUGUUUAUGGCCAGAUUGUGCCAGUCCAUGGGGGAGCUGUGUCCUAGUCUGAAGCAGUGUAUCCUAGGAAAGCAGGGGGGUGUGGAUGUUGUGAGUAGAGGCACACCACGACAGAGCAAGAAGCUGGGGAAAAGUGGUACUGCCAAAGCAGCCGAUGUGAGCCCAGCUCAGGCUAAGUGGAGCUGUCUGAAAGAGGAGCUGCUGUCCUGCAGUAUGGAUGCCUAUGGAAUCUGGAGCUCAGCACUCACCAGAGCACUUGUGGGGAGUUUUGCUGCAACUCUCCAUGCUGAAAAUGCCGGAUCCAUCCUGGGUACUGCAACUAAUUGGGAAGAGCUAGAAAUACAGGAAGAGGCAGAGUCAGGAAACAGUGUAAUGUCCAAAAUACGCCUUCCUGUGCAGCCAUCAUGGUAUGUUCAGUCGUUACUCUUCCACCUGUGCCUUGAGGUCAAUCGAGUCGGAGGUCAUGCUUUACCAAAAGUAACUCUGUUGGACAUCCUAAAGGGUUGUCUAGACCAGGCCGUGAGCGAGUAUGAAAGACUCACUCAAGACUCACAGAGCAAGGACACAGGCCUCCCCAUGACCCAGAACAGAGCACUACAGCUGCUGUUUGACCUCCGCUAUCUCACUGUCACUUUAGGGUCUCGUCUUGAGGAGGGUAGGAGCUCCCGCUCUCAGCAAGACCCAAGGGUCCAGCAGGUCUGCGACUCCCUGGAAAGUCACAUCGAUCCCUUUGACCUGGACGUUUUUACUCCACAUCUGAACAGCAACCUUAACAGACUCUCACAAAGGACAUCUGUGUUGUUAGGGCUGUUGACGGGCACAGAGAAGCAGUUCACGUCUAGGAGCAACAGCAUCAACUCUCAGGAACCAUAUAACAUCCUUCCUUUGGCCAGCAGUCAGAUCCGGUUUGGUUUGCUGCCACAGAGUAUGACAAACUCCCGCAAGACUAAUUCUGCCACACAUGGAGCAGACAUCACUAGACCACUGUUUUUCAUGGAGUAGAACUGCUGGAUCUGGAGGCGAUAGGUGAUGUUAUAAU